AUGGAAACACAUGAUAUGGUUGAGAUAGCUUUGUUUUCAGUUUUUGUUUUUGUAGCAGUGAUCCUCUUGUGUGGUGUCUGUUUUUUUCUCUGUAAUAGUAAUAGUGAUGAGAAAACGAAAACCAAAGAUCUACCAUUUCCGAGGGCUCGUGACCAUGAAAACGGUAAAACCAGCACAGACACCACUUUCAACGGAGGAGUGGCUAUGGCUAUUCUAGCAGGAGCUGCACUUUCCGCAGCUAUAUCCAACACACAUGACGAACAUGAUGGUGGCUGUGGAUGUGGGGGAGAUGGUGAUGGUGAUGGUGGUGGAUGUGGUGGCAGUGGAUGUGGAGGCGGAUGCGGAGGGAAUUAA